AAAUGUAUUUGCUUGGGAAACCUUCAAUUUGAGUCACAACCCGCGUUUAUACCGAAUGCGGUAUUAGUAAAUAAAAUCCUUCACGGCUCUUUGGACAAGACUUAGUGAGGAUUUGAAUAUAAACGUGCUCACUCCAUGUCAUCAGUCACAUUUGCCUUUUUGAAAGUAAACACUUCCUUGACGGUUGCUGCGCUCACAAGACGAGUACGCACGAUGUGCGUUUCUCCCGCUUCUAUGUUUCUCGGCAUUUUGCACAAAUGCUCUAUGCAGCUCUGGGCUCCGAGCUAGAGUUUCUACCGCACUCCCGCCUCGCCAUUGGUGGAGCCGGGUCAGCUGACUUGGUCAUAUUGUCUGCGAGCGAGACAAGCCUCGACUAUCACACUGGGCUUUGUGCGUCUUCAGCCUAGAUUGCAAACUAAUAAUAUUGAAUCGCCAAAGGCAGACAAGUGGAGGUGCUAUCACGGGGUACACCAGGCAGAGAGGGAGAGAGUGAGAGAGAGAGAGCGAGAGAGAGAGAGAGAAAGGGGGGGGGGAGGGGGAAAAAAGAGAGAAGAGGAGCUCGCGGAAAGGUGUGGUUGGCUGACACACACGAGAGGGAGAUUUACUGGGAAGGAAGAUUGAAAAGCGAGCGAUAAAGAAGUGGGCAGAGUUGCAGAAGAGGCCAGGUAUGAAUUCGUAUUUCGCCAACCCGUCGCUCUCCUGCCAUCUGUCCGGCGGCCAAGAGGUUCUGCCCAACGUGCCCAUCAACUCCAGCACCUAUGACACAGUCAGACACUUCUCAUCGUACGGCGCCGCAGCCGUGAGCCAGAACCAUCGGAUAUACGCCGCCGGCCCUUUCUAUUCGCCCCAGGACAACGUGGUGUUCGGCUCGGGCCGGCCCCAGUACGACUACGGCUCCGGAGUCUUCCUGCAGGACAAAGACGUGCUGCCCAGCUGUAGGCAGGCAAACGUGGGACUGAGUGGCGCGCAGAGCCACAUCGGCCAAGAUUACGCGUUGGAGCAGAGCAGGGCGGCCCAGGAUCAGAAGAGCAACAUCCCGAUCUACCCGUGGAUGCAGCGCAUGAACUCACACAGCGCAGGAGUGGGCUACGGGACAGAUAGACGCAGGGGACGACAGAUCUACUCCCGCUACCAAACUCUGGAGCUGGAGAAGGAGUUCCACUUCAAUCGCUACCUGACUCGCCGCAGACGCAUCGAGAUCGCGAACGCGCUCUGCCUGACCGAGCGCCAGAUCAAGAUCUGGUUCCAGAACCGACGCAUGAAGUGGAAGAAGGAGAGCAACCUGACCUCCACAGUGGCCGGAGCCGAGUCCACGGCCGCCACGCAAGACGACGAACGCGGCGGAGGCGGCGGCGGAGGAGGCGGCGCGCCGAAAGAAGACGAGGAGAACGAGGAGAAGAAACAGAAGGAAUAGUUCCAGCCACGUGGAAAAUAGAACAACAACAUUACUACCUAAAAAUUGAGCUGAAACGGACCACACUGCAUGAAGGCUCCCUCUCCUCGCUGUCCUCAUCACGGCAGUGAUGAGCCUUAAAAAAUAACAAUAAGAAGAAGAAUUUUAAAAAAAUUCCAAUAAUUCCAGCCACUUUCUGAUUCCCGUGACUCUGGAUGACUCUUAUGUUAUUAUUAUUAUUAUUAUUAUUAUUAUUAUUAUUAUUAUUAUUAUUAUCCUUUCCCACUUGCAUUGUGCAAAUAAUUAAAGCAAACGAAGAAUUAAUUCCCACAUGGUUUCCAAUGCCAGUAGCAACUAUUUAACCGCCCUACGCAGCCAUUGCAUCACUGUGAAGAAUGUGCACACCAAAUCCAGUGUUAAAUUAGUCUCGACAUUCCGCGGACGGAAGGUUUCGGACCCUUCGUAUGGUCACAGUGUCAUGCAUGCAGGCUACUACUUGAAUAUAUAGAGAUGAUGUAAACAGCUCUUGCAGAAACGUGAACGUUGCGCGAAGAGACUGCUGCACACACACACACGCACGCACACACACACGUACACGUACACAUUCACAUACACACACAAAUAUGUGCCUGUGUACAGGCCGCUGAUGAACUCAGCAGAUAUGCAAAUCCUUCAAGACUGAAUGUGCAUUUAGUUGCUUUGAUAAACAACGCACAACACCAAAUUGCGCUUACCCCCCCUUUUUUGAGCCUUUGACACAAUUCCUUGUAAAAUAUAUUUGUACACGUCGUCAUUUUUUAUUUUAAAAGUUCUUGUUUUGUCAUAAUUGUGUAUCAUAUGGAAUAAAAUAUUUGUAAAAAGUU